UGGCUGAAAAUCUAUCAGAAGAAGAGAUUAAAGGUCUCAAGGCAAUGUUUGCAAACAUGGACAUUGAUGGUAGUGGCACCAUCACCUAUGAAGAAUUGAAGACAGGUUUGGCUUGAAUUGGAUCAAGACUGUCCGAGACUGAAGUGAAGCAACUUAUGGAAGCUGUAAGUCGUUACAAAUCCGUUACAAAAGCAUAACUAGUUGAACGCAUGACUAUUAUCUUAAACUCAACAAGAAUUGUCUUACUUGUGAGUGGAAAUAUGUUGCUUUCUAAUGGAGAAGACCAGGCUCAGCUGCUGCCUUCAGAAACUGAAACUCAGGUUUCAAACUCUGAUUCAGUUGAAGGGUUAUUACCGGUUUCAAAAGUUUACACUGAUGUGGUUGUUGUUCCUGAGCAACAAAACAACGAGAUUCAACACUUGAUAUCCAAUUUACAAAGAGAGGUUGAGGAACUGAGGCUGAAGCAGAGAGUAGUGGAUGGAAAGAGGAGACAAGCAUUGAGUAAGAUAUUGGAUAUCAAAGGUAGAGUCUUAAUUGGGGUUUCUAUUAUAUGUUAAUAUGUUAU